CAAAAAAGUUUAGAGAGCGAUAUUUUUACUUCCGGGUUAGCAGCGCUCCCUUUCCUGUCUGCCAUUUGUCGUAUACGAUUUAUAGGCGACCGCCUGUACAACCUUGAAACAUGCAGAACGACGCCGGUGAAUUUGUAGACCUUUACGUCCCACGUAAAUGCUCUGCUAGCAACAGAAUCAUUGGAGCCAAGGACCAUGCCUCCAUCCAGAUCAACAUUGCUGAGGUUGACAAGGUGACCGGCCGCUUCAAUGGUCAGUUCAAGACCUACGCUAUCUGCGGUGCCAUCCGCAGAAUGGGUGAGUCUGACGACUCCAUCCUGAGGCUGGCAAAGAAUGACACAGUUGUUGCAAAGAACAUCUGAGUGUGAUGCUGAAGCUGUGGAAACUUUGUAAAAUAAAGUGGAAAUGAAAACAA